AGUAUUACUCUUAACACAUCACCAAAAUGAGUGAAAGGGAAGACCAAGGAGAUCCAGCAGAUAUGGAUGAUGAAACAGAAAGUGGAGAAUAUGAGGAUGACUUUGAAAAAGACCUUGAGUGGCUAACUGAUGAAGAAGAAAAAGAAAACCUUGGUGAAAGAGAGAAUCCUGAAAAAAAUGAAGAGGAUAUUGAAGCGCAGAUUGUUAAAGUUGCUGACAAAUUUGAGGAAGACAGUGACAAAAUGGAGGAAAAUUCAGAUCAGCUUUCAGAGCCAGAUGGAGAUGUGAAAGUGAGACCCUCUGAUGAAAGUUUGGAAACCAGGUCUGAUAUUAAACAGGCAGACCAUGUAUCUGAUACCGAUAGUGAAAGCUCUAUCCAGGAACCCAAGCUGGAAAACCAGCAGGAACUAGACGAGGAAGAGGAUGAAGAAAUAAAGCGUUACAUUUUGGAAAAGAUUGAAGAAGCCAACAAACUGCUGGAGAAUCAGGCUCCUGUGGAUCAGAACAGAGAACGCAAAUUAAAAUUUAAGGAUAAGUUGGUGGAUCUUGAAGUUCCUCCUCUAGAAGAUGCUGAAGUUUGUAAAACUGACCUUGCAAGAGGAGAUGAUGUUUCAAAUAGGCUAUCUCGGUUGCAUAUUUCUAAUGAAAUGGGACAGGAAAGCACAUCGCUUUCACCACGUGCUGGCGAGGAUGAGGAAAAGAAGGAUGGUAAAAUCCUAGUAGAAAAAGAUGGAAAGUUUGAACUCUUAAGUUUACGUGAUAUUGAAAGCCAGGGCUUUUUGCCUCCAAUAAGUGUUUCUUUUACUGAUAUUGAAACUCAACAUACAUCUCCAAAACCUUCACACUAUGAUUCUUUUGGUGCUGUCUCUCGAAUGAAGGAGGUACCUUCAGUAAGACCAGGAGCACAUUCUUUUUCUCCUGGUGGAGAAGAGUGUGUGUAUUUCCCUAAGCCUCCAUCUAACCCUAAGCGUCGUCCAAAUUCUGCUAUCAAUGCUGCAAGAGGUCUGGGAAAACGUAAGACUCCGCAGAGGACACAGUCUGCAAAUGUGCCCGUGAGAAGCUCCACUUACUGUCUUUCUCCCAGACAAAAAGAAUUGCGGAAGCAGCUAGAACAAAGGAAGGAAAAACUGAGGAAAGAGGAAGAAGAAAGGAAAAGGGAACAAGAAGAACAGAAGAGAAGAGAGAACGAGAUGGUUUUUAAAGCUUGGUUACAGAAGAAGAAAGAACAAGUGCAAGAAGAAAAGCGGAUUCGUCGUGCCAAGGAGCUAGAAGACUUGAACAGCAAAGAGAGGAACAGGAAUCCAGAAGAAGCCUUCAAGUUAUGGCUUAAAAAAAAGCACCAAGAACACAUGAAAGAAAAACAGGUAGAAAUUUUGAGACGCCAAGCUGAGGGAAUUGCCCUUUUCCCAAGAACAGAGGAAUGCAACAGAGCCUUUAAAGAAUGGCUAAAAAGAAAGAGAGAAGAAAAACGAGCAGAAGAACUAGCUGCCAAAGAGAGAGCAAGGCAGCUUAGGUUGGAAGCCAGAAGAGCAAAACAAAAGCAGAACAUCCACUGCAUUAAUUCAGAGUCUAAAUCCUUUCGCUUCACAGACCAUUACAGUUGA